AUGGCAUCAGGAACCAGGUGGCCAGGAGGCAGAGCAGCAGGGAUGGAACUGGGCGAUCAGGAGGCUCUGGAGGUGAAGCAGGCAAUAAUGGACUUAUCCCUGACCUGUACCUCAUAUCGAGGCUGGAACCCUCAACCUGAGGUUUUGUGGUUGAAUACUGAUGGGGAAAUUCUCCCUGCUGAAGAUACACAGACAGUCAGAGAGACAGAGGGCUUCUAUGUCAAACGAAGUCUCACUGUUCCAGACAGUAACACCAACAGGGUCCUCUGCAGAGUAAUUCUGAAACAUCACGUGAAGAAGACAGAUGUUAUUAUUGCAGAGUCUCAAAGGAAGAAAGGGCAUGAGGGUAAAUAUCACAUCAUUUCAGAGUCUGACAAGAAGAUGCUGGAGGAAAUAUUUGAGACCAGGAGAGAAUACGCAGUGGAUGUGACUCUGGAUCCUGACACCGCACAUCAUGACCUCAUUCUGUCUGAUGAUGGAAAGGAAGUGAGAAUUGAGGACAACCACAGCAAUGUAGAUAAAAUGAGGUUUGAUAAGUUUAACUGUGUCUUAGGAAAGGAAGGUUUCCAGUCAGGGAAAUUUUACUAUGAAGUGCAGGUUGGGGAUAAGCCUUACUGGUUUUUAGGAGUGGCCACAGAGUCAGCUGAAAGGAAUGGGCACUUUAUCGAAAGCCCAGAGAGUGGAUACUGGACUAUCAUGCUGAGGGCUGGGACUCAAGAUGCCUCUAAAGACAGACCUGCUUCAGAGACUGUUGCCUCCAGCCCGUUAAACACUGAGAAGUGCACGAUCAGCCGAAACCACACCAAAGCGCACCGCCACCGAAGGGGCGGCAACGGCGAGCAUAAACUAGGCUUUACGGUGACUGGAUGGCACUCUGGGCGGGACGUGCCUCAGAGACGAAGGACCACAGAGAGGAAGCGGAGGGGAGCUAAAACCGAAUUCGGCUGCAUGAAAGUGAAAGCCAACGCCAUUUUAAUUGUGUUCUGCGUUUUUUGCGUGACACCCUUGAUUUGCUGGGAGCAGGCCUCUGUGGAUGAAGGAGCCACGGAGAUUCGGAGACGGAUGCAUUCUCUCCCUCUCCCCCCCAACAUGCUGACGAAGCAACGGCUUUACUCAGCUCCCCCCGCCCUGUGGGCUGCCAAGAAGUGCGGUCGACAGCUGAGGAGGAUGAGCGAUGAGUUUGACUUGAUGAAGGAUGAAGAGAGUCCAGAUCAGGUCGUCGGCCCAUCUGAUCCGGUAUUUGCCGUAGCUGGUGAAGACGUGGUUCUGCCCUGCUCUCUCAAACCCAACAUCAGCGCGGUGGGCAUGACGGUGGAGUGGAUCAGACGUCACACGUCGGACUCGCUGGUUCAUUUAUACAAAGACCACGAGGACAGAAACAGCGGACAGAUCUGGUCCUACAGGGGCAGGACGGCUCUGUUUAAAGACGAGCUGCAGGAAGGCAACGCUUCGUUAAAACUCUCCGGCGUAAAAGUCUCCGACGAAGGAGGCUACAAAUGUUUAAUACAGUCCCAGAACAAAUAUGAUGACGUCAACAUUCAAGUCAAAGUUGAAGCUAUAGGUACCCAUCCAGAGAUCUCCAUGGAGAGUUACAGCACGAACGGAGGAAUCAGUCUACUGUGUGAGAGCAAACACUGGAGGCCAGAGCCUGAGAUUUUGUGGUUAAACGACGAUGGUGAAGUUCUCUUUGCCAAAACAGAGACCCUUACGGAAAAAGACGGUUUCUAUCUGAAACAUCGGGUCACUGUGCAAAACAGUGGCACUAACAAGUUUUUCUGUAGAGUGAAGCUGAGAGAUCACAUGAAGGAGGCAAACAUUUUCAUCUCAAAUAAAAUAUUUCACACAUGGGAGAUUUUCGUCAGUUUCAUUACAGUUUUAGUUUUGAUCAUAGUGACUGGAUUAAUUGUGAUGGCACUUUGUAUUCUCAAACAGAGAGGGUCUGAACUAAGAAGAGUCCGGAGAGAAUUUAAGAAAAGGAAAUUCCAUGCAGUGGAUGUGACCCUGGACCCUGACACAGCCCAUCCGGAACUCCUCCUGUCUGACGAUGGAAAACAGGUGACACACGGAGACACACGCCAGGACCUCCCUGACAACCCAAAGAGGUUUAUUCACGGCAUCAGUGUCCUGGGACAAACAGGGUUCUCCUCAGGGAGGUUUUAUUAUGAGGUGCUGGUUACAGAGAAGACUGAAUGGGCUCUAGGAGUGGCCACAGAGUCUGUUAACAGAAAGGGGAGGAUUACAUUGAACCCCAUGGCUGGGUUCUGGACCGUGAUACUGCGGAAAGGGAACCGGUAUCAGGCCCGGGACGUUCCUCGCUCAAACCUCCUCCUGAGACGGAGGCCCCAGAAGGUGGGAGUGUAUGUGGACUAUGAGGAGGGUGAGAUCUCCUUUUACGAUGCAGAUACUAAGUCUCUUAUUUACUCUUUCACUGGUCGGUCUUUCAGUGAGAAACUUUAUCCGUUCUUCAGCCCCUGUUUUAAUCUCGGCGGUACAAACUCCACUCCUCUGAUUAUCUCACCCGUUAAAUUCACAGAAUAA